AAAACUUAACAUUGCUCUUUUACUUUAGUUUCUGUUCAUUUGGGUGGAGCAGGAGGUGGAGGUACCUAACUGAAUUUGCCCAAUAGAAACUCAAAUUUUGCGUUGCGUUGCGAACCUUUUUGCUAUUGUUUUCUACGGCGUGCACUAAUGAAUACACCCCGAGUCUUUAUUAUAGUAGAGGAAAAUGAGUCGAGCCACAGCAGACCGACAGACAGACCCCUCAUCAUCCUGAUUAUAUUAUAUUGAGUUGAAAUUUCUCCAUCCUCCAACUGAACCAUGUCUGGAAACAAGGAAGGACCCCCCACCACUUCUCAAAAGCACCGGGACUUUGUCUCGGAGCCGAUGGGAAACCGGUCUGUGAGGGAUGUACCGGGGAUCGGACCGGCACACGGCCGCACGUUGGAGGAGAAGGGAAUGCCUAGGGCUGACCAGAUGUUGGGUGAUUACCUGAAGAGAGGUCGGGACCAAGGCCAGUUCCAAGACAAUUUGAAGAAUACCACCGGGGCCAACGCCAAGCACCAGAGAGACGCCUACAAUGGAAUGAAAGAGUGGACCGACAACAAUAUGUAGAGGAGAGCAGACAGUCACCUUCUCUCCUCUUUGUUGUCUAUCCUCCUUUCUGUCUUUCCUCUCUCUCUCUCUCUCUCUUUCUCUCUCUCCUUUCUCUUUCUCUUCUCUCUCUUUUAUAUUCCUGACAAGGCCUUUAGUCAUAGUAUAAGUAUGACAAUUUCACUUUCUUCAACUAAGACCCCUGCUUGUACCCAGGUUAAAAUAUUUACUUUUCAUGUAUUCUCUUGCGGAAUAAAUCUGGAAUGAAAUUGUU